AGCAUUUGAUAACACCAACAGAAACGUCAGGCAGAUCCUUACAUCAACAAAGACCUGGAGAAGUGUGAAAAAUACUGAGACCAAAACCAUUUUGUGGCUCCACAUGUCUGAGCAUGUACUGGCAAGAUAAAAACAAAACAAAACAAAAUCCAGGUAAAAAACCUUCAGUUUCUUAUUCGGGUUUCGGGUAAUCAGGAUCGCCCACUACCAGAACGACUCUCUAUUGAUAUGAAAAUUGGCCACUUUAAGGAACUUGCUGUGCCCAGGUGUAACUCUGAGCUCCUGUCCAAACAUGUCUGUUUAUCUGAUGAACUUUCAUUAAUUAUGUUAUAUUUGUAAGUUAGAUUUUAGGUUUGUUUGUUUUUUUUGUACAAACUGAAUAUGGGAAAUUAAAUGUGUGGUUUUUUUUUUUUUUUAAAGUACAAAAAAUGUACAAAAAAUGCACAAAAAAAGAACAAUGUUACAAGUUUUUUUUGUUUGUCUUUGCUUUUCUUUGCUCAUAAUUACUUCAUUUUUCAUUUCCUGUAUAGAAUUUUAUAAGACAUUUUUUGCACUUUUAAACUACAGGGGGAGUCAAAUUUGUAGUUCUUUGGUGGUUUUGUUUGCUGCUUUUCUGUCUGAGAGUCUGCACAGUUUAAGUUUGCCUCCAGAAUUCUGUUCAUGUUGAAAAUAUUUUGUGCACAAAAGUGAAAAAUUACCUGUAAAUAUAUAAAACUUUGACAGGCUUUAAUGAAGUUACUUCACGGUGUAUUAGCUAGUGUGGGAGUCAGUGGAGAGAAGGGGGUGUAUGCAAAGGAGGAAGGAGGAGGGCAGUGGGAGGGUGCGAGUCGGGUGGGGGUAUAUAAGUGGAAGCAGAAUUCACACACAGCAACAGACUUGAGUCCUGUCAGCUGCUGUGAACCAAGUGGGGGUUUUUUUUCACCCCGUUCUCAAUUUUUAAAAAAAAAAAUAAGGAUAAGAAAAGAGGAAAGGGUGAAUAUGGAGACAACUGUGGGCUACGAGUACUACGAGGACUAUGAGGAGUCAGACAACUCCUCAAUGUGUGACUACUCAGAGUGGACGCCAUCAUACUCUGUCAUCCCAGUACUGUACAUGCUCAUUUUCAUCCUCGGCCUCUCUGGCAAUGGAGUGGUCAUCUUCACCGUGUGGAGAGCCCAAGGCAAACGGCGAGCUGCUGACGUCUACAUCGGAAAUCUGGCCCUGGCCGACCUCACCUUUGUAGUCACGCUACCUCUCUGGGCUGUUUACACAGCCAUGGGUUACCACUGGCCCUUCGGAGUGGCUCUGUGCAAGAUAAGCAGCUACGUGGUGCUGCUCAACAUGUACGCCAGUGUCUUCUGCCUCACCUGCAUGAGCUUUGAUCGCUACCUAGCCAUCGUCCACUCCUUAUCCAGCAACCAGCUGCGCAGCCGGGGUCAGAUGCAAGGCUCCCUGAUAGCCAUCUGGCUGUUGUCUGUUAUACUGGCCGCUCCGACUCUCGUCUUCCGCACCACCAAGUACGAUGCAGAAACCAACCGCACAUCCUGUGCCAUGGACUUCAGUUUGGUGGUGACACAGAAACACCAGGAGAACCUGUGGAUUGCCGGCCUCAGCAUCUCCUCCUCCGCUCUGGGCUUUCUUCUACCUUUCAUGGCAAUGAUGGUGUGCUACGGCUUCAUCGGCUGCACCGUCAACCGCCACUUCAACACCCUGCGCAAAGAAGACCAGCGCAAGAGACGCCUGCUGAAGAUCAUCACCACACUGGUUGUGGUGUUUGCUGCAUGCUGGAUGCCCUUCCACAUCCUGAAGAGCGCUGACGCACUCACCUACCUGGACUUGUUUCCCGACACUUGUGAUUUCCUGCGCUUCCUCCUGCUGGCUCACCCCUACGCCACCUGCCUCGCUUAUGUCAACAGCUGCCUCAACCCCUUCCUUUACGCCUUCUUCGACCUGCGCUUUAGAUCCCAGUGCUUGUGCCUACUCAACCUGAAGAAGUUCCUGCAUGCGAGCCCGGCUAGCUCCCUGUCCUCACAGAAGACAGAGAUUCAGUCUCUAGCCACAAAGGUGUGACUAUGGAUUAACACCCAGAGGCACGCUGGGGUCAAAAUGAACACUGCAGAACAAUGUAGGUGAAUCAAAAGUUUCCAGUACUGAGUGCUUGUUUAUGGUCCAGCAGCAGCCAGUUUCGGGGUGUAACCUUUGCUUGCUCUCGCUCUGGACUAUUGACUGAAGGCUUGUGGUUUUGGUGUCAGACCACACCGAAACCCACUUUUUUUCUUUUUCUUUUUUUCAGCAGCACUGAAACUGAGCUACAUAAGAGAGACUCAUUUAAAAAUAAGGGGAAUGUACUUUUAUUAAAACUGAUAUACUCAUCAGUUCGUCUUCUCCUGUGGACUUUCUGCAAAAGUACUGAGCUAUGAAGUCUCAAAUCAUGUUCUCAAGUCAUGGGAAACUAUAUUAGGUUGAUUAUGACCAUGCAAUUUCCCCCUCCCUUUCCUGUUUUUUAUUAAUAAACUCUUGAGGUGGAGGUGUGACAUAUUAGAAACUGUGCUCUUGAAAUCUGUCUUGACUGAUCAGUAUCUGCACCGCAGCCAGCAGGACUACGUCUGUGUGGGGGGGGUGUGUGUGUGUGAGUGUGAGAAGGGUGUGAGUUAGUCAGCAAGAGGUGUUUGAGUCUGAUAAGAGUAGAGUAAGAGGUUGGGGGGGUGGACAGACCAGACAGACAGAUGGCAGCUGACAAAUGUUUUCUAGUUGCAGAAAGCCCCGAUUAAAAGGUGGCUGUAUCGACAGGCUCUGAUGUGUCUGCCUUUGAAUAUGAAUGAAUUUGUUCACUAGUAACAACAUAAAACCCAUUUUUGUGAAUAUACAUUAUUUUUUGAAUUUAUGUCUAUGAUUUGUAAUUAAAAGCCGGUGCUUUGAAGGGAAAAAAACC